AUGGGCUGCGACGACAAGUGCGGCUGCGCCGUUCCGUGCCCCGGCGGCACGGACUGCAGGUGCACGUCGAGGAGCGGCGGGCAGCGGGAGCACACGACGUGCCAGUGCGGCGAGCACUGCGAGUGCAGGCCGUGCGCGUGCGGGCGGGCGAUGAUGCCGUCCGGCCGGGAGGACCGGAGGGCCAACUGCUCCUGCGGGCCGGCCUGCACCUGCACCUCCUGCGCCUCGACCUGAUCGACGCACGGAGCGCGCGCGCGCGUGUGCUCCAAGCUCUCGUAGCGAAGGGACGGGUCGAUCAUAACGAAGGUCUUACGUGUCAAGUCUAUGUUCCCAAAGUUGCAUCAUGCGAUGCGGACUGGAACGAGUGUGCAAUAAAAUAACG